AGGCAGGGCCAAAGGACACGAAAAGAGAGACAGAGACGAGAGCAAAGUUUACACAAAGAAAGAGACAGAGUGACAAAAACUGGAAAGUCAAAACAGUAAUGACUGACUCGGUGAGAUAAAAAACAAACAAAAAGAAAGCUGGAGGAAGAAAAGGAGAGUCAGGCCAUGGAGACUGAAUUGGACGAGGAUGAUGGAACAUUCACCAACAUCUCUCUGGUAGAUGACACAGUGGACAGUGAAUCUGCAGUCCUGUAUACUAAACAGGAGAACGAGCUUUCCAUCAUGAACUGCGACAUAGAUGACAUGGAGAACCAGGUGGAGAUGGAGGAGAAGACAAGGUUAAUAAAUCAGGUUCUGGAGCUUCAGCACACACUGGAAGACCUGUCAGCGCGAGUGGAUGCAGUCAAGGAGGAGAACCUGAAGUUAAAGUCGGAGAACCAGGUCCUUGGUCAGUACAUUGAGAACCUCAUGUCGGCCUCCAGCGUCUUCCAGACUACCGACACUAAAAGCAAACGGAAGUGAGCUACCUUUGGUAAGAAAAAAAAAAAACAUGGAGGUCCCAGGUCAGCAGUGGGGAGAGGAAACCCACUAUGAAGACAUGGAGAGGGGUUUAUAUUCUCUGCAGACCUGGGUGUUUUGAGUCAAACCUAACAAUUAUAAUAAUAACAAUUGAAAACAUAAACUGACUCUGUCACCUGUCCAGUUGGCUGAGAAAAAGGCGAAUUUCAUGUAUAUUUGACCCCAGGUCUGUUUAGCAGCAGCUUCCUCUCCACACUACAGACGAGGUAGACUUCACCCUUUAACCACUGACACAAAAACCUGUAUAUGAAGUGGUUAAGGGUCAUUUGUACCUUAUGUUUCUUCUUAAUGCUCUGUCCAGGUAGUAUCUGUAGAAUAAUUCUUAGCUAUGUUUUGCCUGCUUGGUUUCCUGUCUGAGGACAAUUCUGAAUUUUCUGUGGUUUUCCCAAAGUUCUGACACAGUGUUCCUGUAUCAACUGAUCUGUGAGUGGGCUAAAACAAACCAUGAAUAUUACAAAUACUGUUUGACCGUGAACCUCAUUUUCAACAUUUAUUUUAUUAUUUAUUUUUGUAAAGUAUUUUCUACAUCAGCUGGAUCUGAGUUUGGUAGCUCUCAGAUGUCAUCAUGUCUAUAUAUUGUUAAGCGUGACCGUAUUCCUCCACUUAAGAGCUGGAAAACUGGACAGUAUUACUGAAAAUGAAAAACAUAUUUAGAUAGCAUGUAUGAGUAAUACACCUCUGAAAUUAUUUUCUUUUAGUUGAGCAGUUUAGCAUAUCUAAUGAGAUCCAAUUAAUAAUCACUGAAAUGCAGACUACUACUGAGAACUGCUUAACAAUAGGAGGAUAAUAGAUAUAUACAGGUACCAUGGAGAGCUCUGCAACAAUCUAAGCACAGAGAAACAAAGUUUGUGUUUACCGGCACUCUAGAGAAGUGUAGGGUUGAGCUUUAACUCACAAUAACAAGACUUUCUUUAUGUACUUAAAAGUAUUUGCAACCCUUUAAAUUUCUUACUUCUUGUUUCUUAAAGUCAUAGAUGACUGUAGUGCAAGACUGACAGAGGAAGUGGUGAGGCCAUAAAGGCAUGUCACAGUUUGUGUCCUUAUCCUGUAACAGUGAUAAGUUGGAGGGGACACAAGGAGGAGGUGAGACAGGGAGAUGAGAAGGAAAGAGAAAAAGAGAUGCAUUCCCCUUUAACUGCAACAACAAAAGCAGUAAAGAGGCCUUGAGUGCUAUUGAUCCACUCUGUCAGGCCUGGAAUACAUUGGCUGCCAGAUGAUGGGCCUGACGGUAAAAUGCUCUGAUGUCCUGACUAUACAGCAGAGUUGAGGGUGUGUCCUCUGAGACCUCUGCUGCCUCAGAUAAAAAAACAAAGGGAUAAGUGAUGAAUAGCAACAUAAUCUGAACAAGUCUUAGUAUCCAGUACAGUGACGUCUGGAAAGCAAUGAUUCGUGUGUAAACAUCAAGGGACUUUGGUGCUGGUUGAAGAAGGUGGUAAUGUUACAGGAGACUUUAAACACUGUAUAUUCUGUAAUCUAUUGAGGUUAUUUUGAUAUUUUUAACAGUUGUUGUACAGUAGUAUGACAUUAUUUUCUGACAUGUGGAAUAUGUGCUACCUACACACACCCUGGUACCAUCUUGUCUUGUGUGUAGGCACCCUGCACUUUUGCCUUUAAAUGUUUUUGUUUUAAUAAAAACCUAAGAUCACUA